CUGUGGGAAGUUGAUACUUCAUUAAAUUCACAAGAACUUGUAUAUAAUAAAGAUUUUAAUAAAGAUUUUAUUGAAAAUAUAUAUGAUGUUUUACUAUCAUAUUUAUCAACUUUGAUCAUUGAAAAUAAACAUUUAUCUAUUCAAGAAAUUUGA